UGUUACCAUCUUCUUCAGAACUUCGCAUUCAAUCAAACCACCCGUAUGUGGGCUAAUCUGGCUAACAGUAGCAUUCGAAUUUUAUACUGUUGCUUUACUCAGCGUCCACCUGUCCCCUCUCUAGUUUCCAGGUUCCGUGCCCUAACCCUCUUGGAGAAGACGAUUCUUAACAACAAUAUGUCGUCGUCGUCGUCUUCGUUUUCUUCUUUCGCUCAUUCAAAUAGAAGUGGAGGCAGAGGAAGAGGCCAAGAGAUGAAAAAUGAUCGAGAAAGAUCCAGAGGCCGUGGCGGGGGAAAGGACAAAAUUGAUGCUCUUGGUCGACUAUUGACUCGUAUUCUGCGGCAUAUGGCUACCGAACUGAAUUUGAAUAUGAGAAACGAUGGUUAUGUCAAAGUUGAAGAUUUGUUGAAGCUGAACUUGAAAACUUUUGCAAAUAUUUCUUUAAGGUCACACACUGUUGAUGAUAUCAAGGAGGCCGUCAGAAAGGAUAAUAAGCAACGAUUUAGCCUUCUGGUAGAAAAUGGGGAGCUUUUGAUACGUGCAAACCAAGGUCACACUGUAACGGCAAUCGAGUCCGAAAGCUUAUUAAAAGAAAUCCUUUCAGCUGAUGAAGUGCAAGUUUGCGUACAUGGAACCUAUAAGAGGAAUUUAGAAUCAAUUUUAGAGUCAGGUUUGAAGCGCAUGAAACGAUUGCAUGUCCACUUCUCAAGUGGCUUGCCAACUGAUGGCGAAGUGAUAAGUGGUAUGAGACGAGAUGUUAACAUUUUGAUCUAUCUCGAUGUUAGAAAAGCUUUGGAAGAAGGAAUGAAGCUGUACAUUUCAGACAACAAAGUGAUAUUGACCGAGGGGUUCGAUGGGGUGGUGCCCGUCAAGUACUUGAGAAGAUAGAAUCAUGGCCGGAUAGACGACCUAUACCUUUGUCAAAUGUCAAAAAUUGAAUUAUCACUUUUGUACAUUUUUUAACAC